UCGUACAGUGCCCGUCCCGGGAAUUCCCCCAAUGAGAAAUCAUCGGGGCGCCGCGCCCUUUGCCAAGUGGUUCAACGUCGAAAUUGCUCAAUUCUUUCCAUUCCUGAAGCUUGCUUACUGAACAUUUGGCAGAAAAUUAGUAGAUUAGACAACAGAAGUUGAAUCUGUGGUCUCUUCUUGAUACACAUCCAGCUUCAAAUCAAGAUAGACGUCGAGUCGGCCACGUCAUGGCCGAGGCGCAACCCAAGAUGGAUUAUAGUCUACAUUCCCCAACACUAGAUGAUUUGUUGUUCAUCCCGUCUAAUGACUCUGGGUCAGACAAAGAGAAGAUGAUGGAAGAUGACAACAAGAAGGACAAAGAUGGUGAUGACGGGGACGAAGAUGGAGGAACAGAAGCCAGUGAAGAUGAAGACGAUGAAGACGGAAGAGGAGAAAGCACGAUGCUGCAAGUGUGCGGACUAAACUCUGGGAUGACUCAGUCAGUGCUAAAAAGCUAUGUCAGUGAGCAGAUACAAGGCUUAAAGGAGAUGGAGGAGCUUUUUGUAGAGAAAGACACCCUGCCGCAAACUCAAACAGUAAUUCUUCACUUUGAGUCAUUGGAAACUGCCCAAAGUGCCUGCAGUGUUUUAUCAAAGUGCCCCUUGGGUCCUGGUGGGGAUCUCAUCAAGGUUGAGAUUCUUGACACAACAGAAACCCAGCAAGAUCUUGCUACUGAACAAAAGAAUCCCACCAGGAAAGCAGCUGACAAGCCCAAGAAACGACAGCCAAGGGCACGGCAAUGGAGGCAGAAGGACAAGACAUUGAAAAAGAUACCAGCAAUCGGCGGUGGUCUUGAUGCAGCAUCGUCAGCCACUCUUGAGGUUAACAAUGUCAGCAUCAAGAAAGAGGAGUUUGAGAAGCUUUUGUCUCAGCUAAAAAUAGAAUCACAGAGCUUGGUUUGGAAACCGCCACCCCAGAUAGGCUCAGUUUUCCUUCAGUUUGAAAGCAAACAGGAAGCAGCCACUUCUCAACGAAUCCUGAAUAACAUCUCUGUCGGUGCUGCCAACAAGAAACUGGUUGCUAAAUUAGUCCAACCCAAACAGAAGAAUGGCAAGGAGUCAGGGAAGGUUCCAGGUAGAGCACCAUCUUCUUCACAGCCACUUCAAACAAGCCCUGCCUCAAUCUCAACCAACAGAGAUGAGAAGUACAACAGACAGGACAGCAGCAGGAAAUACUCCAAGGGGGGACACAUUGGGGUUUCUUGGCAGCGACCUAAUCCACCAGAUGGUACCUGGUUCAAAUCAUCUGAUGGUCGCAGACAUUCUCAGGAUGGUGGACAGCGAGGUCCCAGUAAAAUUCCCCCACAGAUGGAAGUACCUAUACAGCCAAGUGGAUAUGGACAAAGAGAACGUAGGUCUGUUGGUGAUGAUGAAGACAGGAAGAGCACUGUAUUAGAUGCAAGCAACACCAGUGCAUCCACAUUUACAACAUCCAUAGAGGUGACUAACAUCCACCCAAAUGUAAUGGAAGCAGGCUUUCGGCUGUUCUUACAUGAUAAAAAGAUCCCUUACAUAAAGCUUGAAUUUGUCACCAGUCCGAAGCAGGAGAAAUGGGCGGUCCUUUAUUUUGCUACAACCAGGGACACUGCACAGUCAAGAAAGUUUCUUGACAAACAGUGGAUUGUACCUGGUGGCCCAAAACUUCGUGCCAAUUUUACCGUUGCAUCCAACACAAAUGACUAUCCUCCGACAGCUGAUGGUGAAGAUAGACCCAAUUGUCUGAUCAAAGGUACAUCUGGAGGACCUCCACGGCACCCCUGUGGAGGAGGCAACAGGGGUGGGGGAGGGAGAAGUAGAUCUAGAAACAGACCAAGGAAAGAUGAUGCUGACUCAGACAGGUUCUCUGAAAGUAGUGAAGCCAUGAGCACUGCAUCAAGGAAGAGUUUUAGCAGCUCUACUCGUGGAGGAAGGCAUCAUGUAAAAUCAUUGUCUCUCUACAUCACAAAUAUCGGGAAUGAUUGUGACAAGGAGGAAUUUUGUGACUUCCUAAGGUCUUUUGACUUGCAGUGUGAAUGUUCAGAGUUUGGUCAAACUAAAAACAAGGCACAGUUUGCUGUCAUUCACUUCCCAGAUUGCAAGAAGGCAGCCGAGGCUAAAAAAGUUCUGGAUCAAGACGAGUGGUUGCUUGGUGGCAAUACCCCACUUAAGGUCAGUUUCUUCAGACCAAGGCAAGCCUCUACAAGAAGGCAAGAUUCCUUGGUAAAACAACUCAGCCAACUUCCGGUGGACAAUGAUGAGAGCCAGAGAAAUGUACAGAAGUGGCUGGAAGGACAAACAGGUCCCGAGACAAGUGACCAGAACAGUAAACAAAACAUACCUCCCACCAGGCCUGUAAAAUCUGGAAAUAUCAAUUUGCCACUUAAAAAACGAGAGUCAAAUCCAAACGAAGUGGUUAUAACUGAUCUUCCAAGAGAUAUUUUUGAAACUGAUGUUGCUGACAUCUUGACAAAAGAGGACUGCCAAGGUUUCAUCGAUGUUAGGCUAAUAAAGAAUAAGGUUUCCAGAACCGGUACUGGUGAGUGCUUCAUUACGUUCAGAGAGAGGAAACACGCGAUGGAGGCAGUGCUAAAACUUUACGGUAGAUCCAUACAUGACCAUCGUUGUGAAGUGCGUUUGUCUGUUAAUCAUGAUCAGAUGGAACCAGCCAUCGCCCGCAAAACCCUUGCUACAUUCCAAGAGAAGGAAAUGCCAGAGAAGGUCAAGGACAUUCAAAGUGCUAUUGAAAAAAAAAUUGAGAAAAUCGAAGCAGACAUAAAAGAACUUGAAGAUACUCUGGAAGAGAAUCAGUCCUUUGCUCAGUUAGAACAUAGUGAGAGUUCAAUCGAAGCACUUAGACAUCAGUUAAAUGAACAAGAUAGGUACUUGGAGGAGUUUAAAAGAGCAUGCAGAAGCGUGGAUAUUAGAGUGAAACACUUGCAGGUAAAAGACGUCAUAGCUUUGCAUGAUGUGCAGAAGAUUCGCCACCGCUUUGAGAGAGAAUGUCGCCGUGCCGAAUCCCCCCUGCCAGUCUAUGGCUACCGAUCUGACAUCCAGAGGAAGAUCCAGGAGAACAUGGCCUUUGUCUUACAAGGGGAGACUGGAUCAGGGAAGAGCACCCAGAUUCCUCAAUAUAUUGUCGAUAUGGAACUGCAGGGUCAUCAAGAUGACUGCGACACUGCCACUGGGGGAGGGCAGCAGUGGCGGGUUGUGUGCACGCAGCCACGCCGGGUGGCAGCUCUGACUCUUGCUAAGCGUGUUGCUGAAGAGUAUGGCUGCCGGGUGGGAGAGGAAGUUGGUUUCGUGGUGGGGAACAAGAAGUCCGUUAAUAAGUCCAGCACAGUGGUGACUUUCAUGACAGACCGAAAAUUGCUCAAUGUAUGCAUGGCAGAUCCCAAACUAUCGGAAUACUCCUGCGUGAUUGUGGACGAGGCUCACGAGCGAUCUGUUGACACAGAUAUCCUCUUGGCAACCUUAAAGAAGCUGUUAAUGAAGCGACGUGAUCUCCAUCUUAUUGUCAUGUCAGCUACGAUUGACAUCAACUUAUUUACCACCUACUUUGGUGGAUGUGCCCAACUGAGUGUGCCAGGCCGCACCUUCCCGGUUGACAAGCACUGGUGUGGGGAUAAUCUCGGCAUUGGCGAAGGUGACUACCUAAAAAAGGCCAUAGAGCAAGCUGCCAAGGUGCAUAAGAAAGAAGGCCCAGGGGACAUCCUCGUGUUUUUGACCUCCGUCAACGAGAUUGAGAGAGCAUGCAGGGAUCUUGCAACAAUUCUUGGCCAAAAUGCUGCCAACGAAGAUGGUCCGGUGCUCAUCCUACCUCUGCACGGACGACUUCAGCCAGAGGACCAAAUGAAGGUCUUUAAAGAAACAAGACCAGACCAGCGGAAGAUUGUCUUUGCCACAAACGUCGCCGAGACAUCAGUCACCAUCAAGGGUAUUAAAUACGUCAUUGACACAGGGGUGGUGAAGGAGUGUCAGUAUGACCCGAAGCGCAGCAUGAGCCUUCUGAAAGUUACCACAAUAACCAAAGCAUCAGCUCAGCAGCGGGCAGGGCGGGCGGGGCGAACUGCACCCGGGGUCUGUUACAGGCUGUACACCAAGGAGGAAUAUGGCGAGCUUGAGGAGACAAUGAAACCUGAAAUUCUGAGGGUGCAUCUGGGGAUGGCGGCCCUACAACUCUUAGAGCUGGGUGUGGAGGAUGUGGCAAACUUCGACUUCAUUGAAGCACCAGAUCAGGAGGCCACGAGGCAAGCUAUGAUAACCUUGAGGCUCUUGGGUGCCGUGGACAAGAGUAGCAAGCUGACCCCACUGGGAAAAAAGAUGGCUACACUGCCGUUAGAACCACGCCUUUCCAAGCUGGUUCUUGAAGGGGUAGAAAGAGGUUUAGUCACAGAAGCUGUUGUUCUUGCAGCAUUGAUUUCUGCACCUGGAAGCAUCUUCUACCGAGGAGGUUCUGAUAAAGACAAAGACACAGCAGACCAGCUGAAACUUAAAUUCUGUCAUAAAAGUGGUGAUAUCAUCACAAUGUUGACUGCCUACAGUCAAUGGAAUGACCAACCAGAGAAGCAACGGAAGUCUUGGUGUAUGGCGAACAGCAUGAAUUCAAAGACCUUAAAUGCUGUCAAGGACACGGUGCAAGAAGUAAGGCAGGUACUCAAGAAAGAGCACAAGGUUGACAGUGAUUACAGCAAGAUGAAGAUACCAGACAAAGCCAAGAGUGAAACCCUUCAGAAGGUCAUCAUGGCUGGCUACUUUCAGACGCUGAGUCUUUACAAUGGCCACCACCGUGCAGGAUACACAGUUCUACCCCAGCAGAAGUCGGGCCAUGUUCACCCCUCAUCGGCACUGAAGGCCCUAGGCAUCAAUCCAACCUGGGUGGUGUAUGAGGAGUUCAAGCGUACUUCACGCGACUUCCUCUUCAAUGUGACUCAGGUCGAAAUCUCGUGGCUGGAAGAAGUGGCUCCAGUGUUCUACCAUGAGAUCGAUCUGAAAGCCCUCAAGGAUAUGGCCAUGAUUGAGCUGUCUCCAAUUCCACUUGGCACGGCACUGAUGAGACAACUGACAGUAAAACGCAACGAGAAACUGCGCGCCCUCGAAGAAAAGAUCACAGCUGAGCAAGACUCAUCAUGCAUUAUUGAAGUCAACCGAAGUACAAAGCACUUGCAGAUGUUUGUCAACAAGCAGUGCUCAUCGUUUGCCACAUCUCAUGUCAAGGGAUUUCUCGAUGAUGAAUGCAAGAUGAUUGAGCGGCAGCAGGUUGAAGUGCCAGUUGGUGACUCUGGAGUUGUCAGACAAGUUGUGGUUGCCGGAGCAGAAACAAAGUUCAUCCUGAUGGCGAAAGACUAUAGAACCCUGGAAAUCAGCAACAUGCCGGAUGAUGCCACCGACGAUGAUGUGGAAAGAAUCAUCCGUUUUGCUGGUUGUUCCAGACAGGAAAUCCUCGAUGUGUACCGAUUCCCACCGCAGACGCCGAUGGCAAAGGCUGGCAAAUGGGGCCGUGUGACCUUCAUUUCACCUGAGGCUGCCCAAGAUGCCAAGGAGUGGCUGGAUGUAGCUGUUGCUGCAGAAGAGACCACUCUAACUGCUAGACCAAUGCAAGGCCGAGGCUUCCAGAGACCUGACAUCAGACGAGUCAACACCAGAUUGGUCAUCACUUGGUUCACUUGGCCCUCCAAGGGUCAUGCGUUUGUCAACUGUGAAACAACUGUGGAGGCUAUGGACUUAAGACUGGCCGUCACUGGUGUGCAUCUAAAAGGACGUAUUUUGCUGUGCAACACAACGAAGAAGGAUUCAAGAGCUGUGUUCAUAAAGAAUGUACACCCAGAUGCAACACAGGAUGACCUUGAGAGAGCCAUCAAAAGAAAAACAGCCAUCCCUUUUAAGAGGUGCUCCAUUGCUCGACAGGAACCCACAGGGCAUAUACCAACUCCGGAAGAAGUAACUAAUGAUAUAUACACCAUGUUUGAUGGGGCAGUGGAACAGCAGGACAUGAAUGUGAAUGUUCUACCUGUCAGGUCAGAGAAAACUCAGAUGCAAAAAGCGAUUGUCACUUUCUCUGGGGACAAUGAAGGCCAGGUGGAUGCACGCGUGGCAGAGCUCCAGCAGAACCCGCGACGAAACUCGGCCGGGCAAGUCUACCAUGCCAAGAUCACAGCAUCAUGCAUGCUCUUCUGCCGACCUGAAGUUUACAGCUGUCUUGAAGAGGAAAUCCAGCGGCUUGUGGAAACUGCCAAGACAGAGAAAGAAGGCCUGAGCAUCAGAGUUAACAAGAGCAGGAAGACAAGUGACUGGGUGAUAUCCAUCGCAAGCGGGAAGAUUGAAGAUGUGCAGACUGUCAGACGGUCACUUCUGGUGUAUGUUCAGGGAGAAACAGUGCCACUGUCUGACCUCUACCAUUCAGUGACAUCCUACCAAAAGAAAACAAAAUUGUUAGAGAUGCUGCAAAAAGCACUACAGCACCUGCUUCAAGAUUUGGAUGCCUAUGCCACAGUUGAUGGCCGCAGGCAAGCCGUUGUCUUCUUUGGGAAGGACCAAAUCAGGGAGCGAUUGAAACGACGAUUUAGAGACUACACCGAGAUUGUCUGCAACCAGAUGCUGAGAGAGAUUCCCCUGACAGCGAGCGUUUCCCCUCACUGCACGAAAGGAAGGGCCAUUCGUGCCUUGGUGAAAGCCUACGGACCUUGGCUUAAGGAUCUUCAAGAAAAAAGUGGGGCUAGCAUCGUGAUGAAUACCAAACUUGGAGUGCUCCUGAUUGAGGGAAACCAGAAGGUGUUUGACAAAGUCCAUGGGAUGGUUUACAACUGUCUCAAAGAGGCAGGCUUAGAAGAGGCCAUCAGUAAUGAAGCUCAGCAGCCCUGUGAGGAUAUCGAGUGCGGUGUUUGCUACACCUCGAUCGACAGUAGUGACGAGGUCUACCGUCUCAGCGCCUGUUCUCAGGCUCACGGCUUCCAUCAGGAGUGCCUGAUCGAGAUGUUUAAAGUCCGACUCAAGGAUUCCAGCAAAGAUUACCCAAUAGAGUGUCCGUCGGAGGGAUGCGGCCAGGCCAUGCUGUUGUGCGACAUCCGCAUCUUGUGCCCUGAGGAGGACAAGCGCCUGCGUCUCUACCAGCUCGCCCUAGAGGCCCAUGUGGCGCAGCGAAGUGACGGCAAGCUCAAGUUCUGCCCGACGGCUGACUGCUGUAUGAUCUAUAGGCACACGGAGGACGCUCAGACAUUUGUGUGUCCAGAGUGCCGCGCUCGGCUGUGUUCAUCUUGUGCAGCUGAGCCUCACCCUGGACAAACCUGUGAGCAGUUCAAGAAACUAGGCAAGACCUUUGACGACAUCAAAGAGUGGAUCAAGGAGACGGGUGCCGAUGCUAAGAUGUGCCCGGUGCCCAACUGUGGCUAUGUCAUUGAGAAAAUCUCCGGAUGUCAUCACAUGACAUGCCUGGGUUGUGGCAAGCACAUCUGCUGGAUGUGUCUGCAAUACUUCAACACCGGCCGUGCAUGCUAUGGGCACCUUCAACAAGUUCAUGGAAAUUUUGUGUAAUCUGGCUUGUUGCUGUUAUCUAACCCUUCCAAAAUAUCAACUGUGAGCGGUUUGCAGCAACAAGUUGCCUCCUAAAGAUGGUAGGAACACAGGAGCUACCUGUAUGCUUGGGAAGUCCACAAAUAUGGGGAAACGAAGCUGCAUGUAACUUUGUAAAGUGCUUUUCAACAGCAAUGCUGCACCUGAGAAGGAGCAAGGAAUUGCUUUGAAAUCCAAAGAAAAAAGUUGGGUGUUUGGUAGCUGAAUUGGAAGAUGAGACAUAUUCCCACCAGUCCUUAUAUUUCUUUGUUUGAAGCUGGAGCUCAUCAUGAGGUACCUUUCACGGCUCCACUGUAAAUUUCCCUUCCAAGUAAAAAGCAUAAAUGUCAAAUCCAAAAUUAAAACCUUAAUGUCACUUCCAAAAUGAAAAUCUUGACUUUCACUUCUAACACCCGCUGAUUUUCACUUCCAAAUUAACCACCGUGAAUUUCAUUUCCAAGUAGAAAGCCUGACUUAGCUUUUACACUAACUUCAGCUUUAGCUUUUUAGUUUAAGUAGUCUGCAAGAUGCAAUUUGCAAUGAUGGUAUUACUGACGCCAACAAUUUUGAUUCAUUCUUUGAAGUUGUAUGUUAACUGAACUUUAAGCAAGAGAAUUGAGGAAAAAAGAUAGACCUUUAUUGAGCUGAAAGUUAAAAUAUAUGUGGUGGAGAGAUCAGAACACACAUACAGUUAGAUUGCAUUGAACCUGCUCAAAGUUCUAUCAUUAAAACCGUGUACAUGCCUCCAUGUUGAUACAAAUUGUAAGAACAAUUUUACUUUGAGUGCUUCAGUGUGCCUGAUAUAUUUUAUGAAUUUAUCCUGCUAAUGAUCUGCAAAGAAUGGAAUUUCAAGAAGCUUGUAAAAGUUGGAAUCAUGAUUGAAGAGACGGUGGCAUCUAUGAAUUAAAGAUCAAUCACAUUGGUGAUUCACAAUUUGAAUUUUUAUAAAAUUUAGUGAUAUUUAAAACAAUCUAGUAGGUAAAACUAAAAUAUUGCUGCUGAUGUCAAAAGCACGAGUUGAAGUCCUUCAUAUUGGGCAAACUGAAACAAAAGUUGCAGGGAACAUCCGAUAGAAAUUAUUGAAGCCUGUUUUGCCGUCCACACUAGUUCUGCAAUUUUACCGCUGUUUUAUUAUUUCGGGGUGAACACGCCUGCAUAUGAGAGUGCUGUUUUUGCUCUCACCCUAACUGUGAAUUAAACGAGGUCGGACAGUGAGAGUGACCUGUAAUUGCUUUUCCAUCGACAGUGUUGAUGAACACCAGCUCGUAUUAUGAAAUUGAGCCCUCCCAGUUUGAACCAGAGUAAGGUCCUGAUGAUUAUCAGGCAGACAGCCGUGGUCAUUUGCUGAGAAUGACAUCUUACCCAGGCCGUGUCCGAAACGGGCUUCCAGAGCUACGGCUAGGUCUAUUGUCUAUGCGUCUCCACACAUUUCCAUUGGA